CGCCGCUCCUGUCUCCGAGCGGCUCCUCAGCUGACUCAGCGGCGCUUGUGCCCCGGUGACCCCGGCUUGGAGGCGGCGUGUCACGGGCGCUUCCUCCUCCCCGCCCCCGCGGUAUCCUCCCGGCGGACCCUCGCCUCGGCAGCGGCGACAGCAGCGCCCGGCGCAGCCCGCGGAGCUCACCAUGAAGCGGGGCUACGAGGUGACCCGCAACCCGCAUCUCAACAAGGGCAUGGCUUUUACUUUGGAAGAGAGACAACAGUUGAAUAUUCAUGGCCUAUUGCCUCCUUGCUUUCUCAGUCAAGAUGUUCAAGUUUUAAGGAUUCUUGUGAAUUUUGAAAGACAAACAUCUGACCUAGACAGAUACAUUCUGUUAAUGGGUCUUCAGGAUCGAAAUGAAAAGCUUUUCUAUAAAGUGCUGACGUCUAACAUUGAAAAGUUCAUGCCCAUUGUUUAUACUCCCACUGUGGGUCUGGCUUGCCAACAAUAUGGUUUAGCAUUUCGGAGGCCAAGAGGUCUUUUUAUCACCAUCCAUGACCAGGGGCACAUUGCUACAAUGCUUAAAUCAUGGCCUGAAGAUGCCAUAAGGGCUAUUGUGGUGACUGAUGGAGAACGUAUUCUUGGCCUUGGAGACCUUGGCUGUUAUGGAAUGGGCAUCCCAGUUGGCAAAUUGGCCCUUUACACAGCAUGUGGAGGAAUGAAACCACAGGAAUGUCUGCCUGUAAUCCUGGAUGUGGGAACUGAUAAUGAGGAGUUGCUAAAAGAUCCCUUAUAUAUUGGACUGAGGCACAAAAGAGUUCGGGGUCAAGCCUAUGACGACCUUCUUGAUGAAUUCAUGCAAGCUGUGACUUUCAGGUAUGGCAUGAAUUGCCUUAUUCAGUUUGAGGAUUUUGCUAAUGCCAAUGCAUUCCGCCUCCUGAAUAAGUAUCGUAACAAGUACUGCACUUUCAAUGACGACAUUCAAGGAACAGCGUCUGUGGCUGUUGCAGGUCUUCUAGCAGCUCUGCGUAUCACUGAGAACAAGCUGUCCGAUCACAAUAUCCUGUUCCAGGGAGCUGGAGAGGCUGCCCUUGGAAUAGCAAAUCUGAUUAUUAUGGCUAUGCAAAAAGAAGGGACACCAGAACGUGAGGCCAUCAAAAAGAUAUGGAUGGUAGACUCAAAAGGAUUAAUAGUUAAGGAGCGUUCCUCAUUAACAACUGAAAAAGAAAGGUUUGCCCAUAAACAUGAUGAAAUGAAAAAUCUAGAAGAUAUUGUUAGAGCUAUAAAACCAACUGUACUUAUAGGAGUUGCAGCCAUUGGUGGUGCAUUUACAAAUCAGAUUCUCAAGGAUAUGGCUUCCUUUAACAAGCAGCCUAUCAUUUUUGCCCUAAGUAACCCAACCAGCAAAGCAGAGUGCUCUGCAGAGCAGUGCUACCAGAUGACUGAGGGGCGUGGCAUUUUUGCAAGUGGAAGCCCCUUUGACCCUGUGACUCUUCCAAGUGGACGCACUUUCUAUCCUGGACAGGGUAACAAUGCAUAUGUGUUUCCUGGCGUUGCCCUUGGUGUUGUUUCAUGUGGAUUGAGGUAUAUAAGUGAAGAAAUUUUUCUCACUACUGCUGAGGUGAUAGCUCAACAGGUUUCAAAGAAACAUUUAGAGGAGGGUCGUCUCUAUCCUCCAUUAGUUACUAUUCGAGAUGUGUCACUGAAAAUUGCUGUGAAGAUUGCAGAACAAGCCUACAGCAAUAAGACAGCAUCUUUCUAUCCUGAGCCUGAAGACAAGGAAGCAUUCAUCCGCUCACAUGUUUAUAGCACUGAUUAUGACAACUUUGUGGUGGACUCUUACGUCUGGCCCAAGGAAGCCAUGAAAAUACAGACUGGAAAUCUUUAAUAGAAAAUGAACAAGGUAGCAGUAGUUGAAAGAAUUCAGAUACUUAUUACUUUUUUGUCUGUUAAAUCUAAAAAUUGUUAGUUUUUUUUUAAAUCUUUAAUAGAAAAUGAACAAGGUAGCAAUAGUUGGGUUCAAAUAUUUAGUAGUUUUCUGUUAAAUCUAAAAAUUGUUUUUUUUAUAUGCUGAAAACUUUUACAGUAAGACUAAUUUUUUCUUUAAAACUUUGUACUUUUAUUUCAAAUUAAUUGAUUAAGCUGCUAAAAUAACUACACAAGAAUAAAAAUCAAUUUGGGCAAUGGA